CAGUAGUAUCGGGUCACAGUACCUUAUGGCUGCCACGACUUCAAUUCACUUCCUCCCGGUCGUCCCAAAGUUGCUCAGCCUAGUGACUGUAAAGUGGCCGCUCCCACCACAUCAAGUAACCAGAAAUACCGAUGAUGGAAAAAAAACAGCCUUUCCGGUUGCACCGCUGGGCUGGGCUGGACGUGGGCAUAGUCAAAACUUAAGCAUAUUCAUUCGUGGAAAGGGAUUCACCCGCCACCACUGCUAUACUCUCUCUGUUGUCCACGAGACGACGAGAGCAUACACGCUCGUGGACGCUAGAAGCUACUGACUAUACAGUAGGCGAGAGACGGCGGGAGAUCGACAUUGUUCCUCCAACAGGACCACGAGAAGCCAGAGGGCCCCGCAAUCUUAUCAUUUCUUGUUCCAAUGCUUAGAGUACAGCAAGCAAUGCAUGGCUUUGCUGGCCUGCUGCUUGAACAGAGGAGGGAGACGGCGGCAUUAAUUGUCUAUCAGAUUAUCCGCCGCCACAACAACCACAAUAACCACACUCCACCUGAAAGCACCUUAGCCCACAGGAGAGGAUCGAGCGCGGAGUGACAAUAAAUAGACUGAUGAGCAGCACCCCAGUAUUCCAGAUCAUUCACUCGGCUUCCCAUAUUGAACCAUGCUAUCCCCAUCACGACCACGACUUCCACCACUGGCCUUCAGCCUGCUGGCGGCCAGCGCUCUCGUCCACGCCGGUCCAUGCGACAUUUACGCCUCGGGGAAUACGCCUUGUGUGGCAGCACACAGCACCACACGUGCUCUCUACGAUGCAUACAAGGGCCCUCUGUACCAAAUCUCACGUGCUUCGGAUGGAAAAACUACCGACAUCACUCCUGUCUCGGCCGGCAGUGUCGCCAACGCUGCCACCCAAGACACCUUUUGCACCAGCACUACCUGCCUCAUCACCAUCAUCUACGACCAGAGCGGGCGGGCGAACCACUUGACCCAGGCUCCUCCCGGUGGCGCUGCGAGUGGCACUGAAGCCAACGGCUACGACCAAUAUGCCAGCGCAAUUGGCGCGCCCGUGACGCUGAACGGGAAGAAGGCGUACGGCGUCUUCAUUCACCCGGGCAGCGGCUACCGUAUCAACAAUCCCAGUGGCACCGCGACUGGCGAUGGCUCCGAGGGCAUGUACGCCGUCCUCGAUGGUACUCACUACAAUGAUGCCUGCUGCUUUGACUACGGCAACGCCGAGACGAACAAUCUGGACACGGGCAAUGGCCACAUGGAAGCCAUUUACUACGGCACCAACACCAUCUGGGGCACGGGCGCGGGAAACGGACCGUGGCUGAUGGCCGAUCUGGAAAACGGCCUCUUCUCCGGUGUCAACGUCAAACAAAACACCAACGAUCCCACCAUCACCGACCGCUUCUUCACCGCCAUCGUCAAGGGCCAGCCCAACAACUGGGCUCUACGAGGCGGUAAUGCCGCUUCGGGGAGCCUCUCCACCUACUACAACGGCGUCCGACCCAAUGCCGAUGGGUACAACCCGAUGAGCAAAGAAGGCGCCAUUCUCCUCGGCAUCGGUGGCGACAACAGUAACGGCGCGCAAGGAACCUUUUACGAGGGCGUCAUGACCUCUGCCUUUCCCACCGAUGCCACGGAAAAGUCUGUCCAGGCCAACAUCGUCGCGGCCAAGUACGCGACGACCUCGCUGGCGAGUGGUCCCGCCAUCAAGAUUGGCAACACCAUCACCCUUCGUGCCACCACUCCCGGCUACGACACCCGCUUUCUCGCCCACAGCGGGACCACAAUCAACACUCAAGUCAUCACAUCCUCUUCUGCGUCUUCAGUCCAGAACGCCGCCAAAUUCGUUGUUCGGUCCCCUCUGGCAUCGACUGCGACGGGUUGCGUGUCGUUUGAAUCCGUCGAUACCCCGGGAAGCUUCAUUCGGCAUUCCAAGUUCCUUUUGACCUUGGCCGCGAACGAUAACAGCAAGCUGUUCCACGAGGACGCCACCUUCUGUGGACAGGCCGGCUUGAAUGGCCAGGGCAAUACCAUUCGUGCCUGGGGCUACCCGACACGCUUCUUCCGCCACUAUCACAAUGCGGGCUAUAUCGCGCGCAAUGGUGGUCCGCUGGAUUACGACACUGCCACCGCCUUUAACAACGAUGCGAGCUUUGUGAUUGGAAGUGGCUUCUUGUAGAUUUUUAAAACGGUCUUGAGAUCAAUGAAAUCGAGUGCGAUUUCGUUCCCAUGGCAGCGACACUGAUCGUCCAAACGCCGCCUGUGCCACAUUCCUUUUUUUUUUCCUUCUUCCAAAGACGCCACUCGACCGGCAAAAUCAUGUCCCCGCAUAGGCCAUCAUCUUCUCCCCCUGUCCAUACUCUUCCACGGCCGCUUUGGCCAACUCCCUCAUCUGCCUCACAUCCUCCUCAUCUGCCAGGCCUUGCUUCAACUUGUCCCUCCAGAUUGCUAACAUGCCCGCAACCUCUGCAUCCUCACACACUGCCUCGAAGUGCUUGAUCAUGCGGCUCGUAUCCUUGCCCGAACUCAUAAACAGCCCCGGUCCAUUGGUCGCCAGCAAGAUCCAUAUGAGGUUUUGCAGGACGUCGGAGCCGCGUUGCAGUUUGGACAUGGCUUUGCACGUGGCUUGAACAGUGAGUGACUUGGAGGCGAAAAUCUGCGAUUCGCUGGGGGGAGAAACUUUCAGCUUGUGGCAGAAUUUCGUAAUGCACUUUUGAAUGUCGGAAAAGGCCUUGGCUUCCUCUGUGGCUUUUUGGAGCUUCUCGCUUUCUUUCUUGCGUGUUCGGUCGUGGAGAAAGCCCUGAUCCCGUAUGAUGGCAAUGGUACUGGGUAUCGCAUCUGAUUUGAAGUGGAUGGUCAGGAAGUCUUCGAGGUGCUGUUUCAAUGUCGUAUCUUGCACUUCCAACACUCCGGCAGCAUAGCAGUGGAGUGGAGACCAGAGGCGUGUUUCGAUCACUCGGACAAAAUCAUCGUGGCGCUGGCUUUCGAGUUCCGACAGGCAGCUGAGCGCUGUCGCUUCCAGCUCUUGAGCGUACACGCUCCUGAUCAGUAGAUCUGCGAGUUCCUCUGCAUGCGGUGUCUCGAAAUCGGAUUGCUGUAGACUACGUACGAUCGUGGCUGGCGUGGCUGCAGAGGGAGCAGUGCGCCACAGAAUGCCCGCUCGAGUGCCCACUGCCAGCUUCAUGCUGUCCAGCUCGUCCUGGAGUGUUUCGGGCCUGACUAUCAGCUUUCUACACAGGGGCGGUGGGAUCCCGCGACCGGUCGCCUCCACUCCUGGGUGGACGUCGAUGCUGUGCGGUCGUAGACAAUGGGGCUGUUUCCUCUCAAACUCUGCUAUAAUCUGAGCGUCCCACGCAGGAACUACCGUGGGCACGUCAAUCAACUCGUCGGCCGACUCACUGAGUGUGCAAAAGCCAUCAUGUUCCAGGCGUUCCAUCAGGAUCGCUGAUUGCGCGGCGCGUUGCUCCUCGCUCCGCUUCGCAGUCGCAUCAUUGUAGCCUGGCGGCACGUAAAUGACCUGUUCACCAGAGAACUGGACUUCGCCGCCUUUUCCAGAAGUGGCUUCUGUUGCAAGAGCUGCCACGACAGGGGGCGGUAUAGCGUGAUCGAGGAGUGCGGACAGGUUACAUAUCUCCAGACCCGCACCGGAAGUGGCAUUAUGGACUUGCGUCCUGACGUUUUCAGAGUAUGCAUGACUGCAGAGAUAGGAGGUAGCAUCCACAUCAAUAAUGACACGGGGCCAGUCUUUGCCCGAGUACUCCUCGAUCAAGCGAUCCAAGCUAUCACGUCGAACAUCCUGCUCGCGAGUGAACGCAUGCAGAUCUACAGCCACUCUCAACGCGCGAUCCCUCAGCACUGCAGCGAUACUCUCAAUCAGGGGGUGUGGGAUGAUGUAGCGACUGUCCGCACUAUAGUACAGCUGCGAAUCGAGCUGGUCGAAAAUGAUGCUCUCGCUGCCCUCUUCAAUGCCCAGAAUCGUCGUCACGCUGGACUGCAGGAUGCGCUGGUUAUUUCUCUCGACCAGAGCCUUGAAGGAAUGGAGGACUUCUGCCGAGUGCUUCAAAUUGUUUUGAGAAAGGCUUCGGACGACGGGAGGCCGGCCAUCAUCAGCAGAAACGGACAGAGGAGGGAAAUGAUGAAUCAGCUUUUCGAUGUCCGCGGGCGCGAAGACGGCUCCCAUGGUGCAUAGUGGAGGUUGAGGAUGUUCU